CGUCGCCACUGUCGUCGUCUUUUACGUUCUCGUGCGCGCGUGUGUGUGCGUGCGGAGUCAGUGUAUUAGUGUAUUUGUGAGAGUGAAACCCACACAUAUACACCUAUACGUACAUAGGCACACAUACUUGGACAUUAUUCACUCGGUGGACGAUUCACAUAUACCUAAGCAACCAACAGAGUCACCCUACCACGCUCGGCAGCGCACAGGGACACGCACUCACACGUUCUCCUCGAAUCCGGACGGGACUUUAGCACACCAACACCUCCGCGGGAGGUGUGGGGGUGAGCCCCCAGAGGAGGUGUCAAUCCUAGCGCUGCUCAGUGACCAUCGCGGCGCCACCCAAGUAACACCUUUCGUCCGCUCUCUCUCUGCAACAGCACACCGGCAGAUCUAGUCGACGUUUUAGACUCGAGUCCGAAAGGGAAAGACAGACUCGUUUCUUAAGUUUUCUUUUUGUUUUUCCUUUUCCAAUUUUAAUCAUCGCCUAGUCGUCGAAACGUACUCCAACCAGUCAACGAACGUUAUCUAUCGAAUAUCGAAAACUUUUCUCUCUCCUCUCUAUUCUAUUCUCGUCUGCCAAAGAAGACCCUCGAGCAAAGACAACGACUCAACAGAGGGAGGGAGAGAGAGAGAUAAUUCUUCUUCUUGCUCUUCUAUUCUACGUAGUACCUUGGCAAGAACAAGAUUAAUACGUUUUAACUGAUCUGGUGUUUACCUAGUCUCGUGUCUACGUUAAUCUUCACGACGCGUCGUCUCUCGUGUGAUCACGGCCCGUCGGACGGUGGCGUCUCCGAGCGUGGCUACGUUCUCGUGCCUCCUCGUCAUUUUCAUUCUCUCUCCCUCCCUCCCACCUUCCCUCUUUCUCUCUCUCUCUCUCUCUCUCUCUCAUUCUCUCUCUCUCUCUCUCUCUCUCUAACACGCACACACAUACACAAAUUCUAUUUAUCCGUUUAUCUAUCCUUUUGUGUAAAAAUCGUGAACCAAGAAAGUGUUGGGGCAAACAGUGAAAAAGAGUAAUUUCUUCUGGUGAAUCGAAAGAUAGUGAACGAUUGCUAAAGAUGGGAGCGACUGUAGGUGCAACCAAGUCGACGCAAUAAAAGUGACAGUGCUUGAUUGGAAGAGUUUCGUCCGAAUCGGUAUCGUUUCACCUAAUCGCGAGAGUGAACGUAGAGAGGAUCUUUGUCGAGAAAAGUGAGAAAGAAGAUGAAGAAGGGAAGGAUCGACGAUGGGUCGUUGAAGGCGAGGGUGAAUCAUCGCGUUGGUAGGAAACGACGUGAACGUUCGAAGGAUCAGAAUCCUCAACGUUCCUGAACGUGAGAGCGAUGAAUAUGUUGGAGCGUGGUGCCGAAUAAGAGCAAGUGCCUCACGUGGUAUCCAAACGGAAUAUCAAAGAGAGCAAAGGAGAGAAAAAAAGAGAAAAAGGAGAGAGAGAGAGGGAGAGGGAGAGAGAGAGAGAGAAAAAGACAGAGAGAGAAAGAGAGAGACAGAGAGAGAGAGAGAGAGAGAGCGAGAGAGACGCAAGCCAGAAAGGCAAAAAAGUCGUUGGUAGAGGCAAGGAAGGUUAAAGAAAAAAAGGAGAGUUUGAGUCACUCGAAGAGGAAUCUCGCGCGACUCGGCACACUCGCCCGUCUCGAUGAGAUUCGAACAGGAGACAGCGUGCAGGGGUACCCACUGCGCCAGCACUCCGCAACCCUCCGCGCUGCAACAGCGAACACGGCCCGAGGAGUUGGUGGUGGAGGAGGAGGAGGACUCUUCCUCCCUGAAGGACGACAUUGUCGUAGGUCAACGGUUAAGACGCAGAGAAUUGGAGGCUAACGUGGUCGAGGGUGCGAAGACGGGGCCGAGGGCCGAGGCGGGGGGGCCUGGGAUGGCGUACCCCGCGUCAGCGACGGCUCUGAAUCAGCACUCGCCGUUCGCAAGCUCGUUGACGAGCUCGCUCGCGAGCUCCCUCGGUGGAGGACCACUUGGUGCUGCCAGCGGCGGAGGAACCGCUGGUCCUCUCGCAGCUGGUGCACCAACUUCUAAUAAUCCCAACGGUCAUAUCUCAACGGCCGGCGGACAACACUUACCGGCACCGGCUGCGCCAAGACCAACAGAUUUUAGCGUUUCCUCCUUGUUAACCGCUGCCAACACUCAUCCGCCUAUCUUAGGUGGCUCCUCGUCUCAAGGUAGCGCUUCUCCACCACCCGGUGGACCUGGUAGUCCAGCGGCAGCACCCGAAACUCCACCACCCUUACCGACUCAAAGAGAAUUGUCUCAUCCCUCGUCGGCCGUUGCCGCUGCUAGUUACUUUAGUGCUGCCGCACUGGCAGCCGCUGGUUUCUAUAAUCCGGCGGCUCAUCUGCCGCCAACUAGCUCACCAGGACCGACGGCUCAUCAUCUUCAGGGCAAAGCUAUACUAACCAGUCCGCAUCAUCAUCCGCAUCUUAAUCCUCACGGCAUCACGCCACCAGGUUUAGGACUGGGUCCACAUACACCCGAAGAAGCAGCAGUCCUG